AUGUAUCAUUCGAGAUGGACGAUCCUUCGUGAUUUACGUCGUAUGAGCAUGCAAGAUUUUCUUAAUGUUGCUGUACCAGGCUACAAAGCUUCUCAUCGUCAUACCGUUCGUCGGCGUUUAUCUAUAUUAUAUCAUAAAGAGCGGAAACGAGUAAAAGAAAUAUUGCGUAACGUACAAGCGAUAUCAUUAACAACCGAUGUGUGGCGCAGCACCACAAGAUCAGAUCAUGAAAUUGAAGAAAAUGUGUCAGACGAUACGAGCGAAUGCUCAACAGAUGAAGAGCAUGAUGAAGCCAAAGGAAGCUGUGACACAUCUUCAGAGGAAGAAGAAAAUGAUGAAUCAGAUGAUAAAACAGUUAAUGUACAAGAACUAUCAGAAGUCGAAAAUAUUGAAAAUGAAAAAGAACGUGGAGAAACUGAAUUGUUAAUAAGAGUUCAUAAUGUGUUGAAAAAGACACGUGCUAUAAUUAGUCUUAUUCGUCGAUCAAGUGUGAUCGACGCUCAUGUUCGUUUAAAAGCUAAAAAUCGAUUAAUUGAAGUCGACCAAGAUCCUCAGUUAACGACGAAUGAAAUAAAAAAGAAAUUAGGAACAAAAGUUAGUGAUUUAUUUCUAGACUUUAUUGUCCGAUGGAAUAGUACAUUUCGUAUGGUGAAACGUUUUCUCACUUAUCGAGAAGUAAUCAGCGCUCUGAUCGCACCAUCUCAUUUGGUCAAAGAUCUUAAGAAUGGUCAAGUUGAUAAACUGAAAUCCUUUGAGUUCACACAUGAAACUUGGGAUAAACUAGCAAGUCUGAAACGAAUAAUGGAACCAUUUUCGUGGGCUACUAAAAUGUUGUCUGGAAGAACAUAUGAAACGUUAGCUAUUGCACAGUUCGUGAUGAAGUCUUGA